GACCAUAUGCAGGCGGCACACCUUGCAAGAUUGAGUCGCUAGGGCACGCCCACCAAAGUCGAACAAAAAAAUCAACAUCAAUUUUCGACAGCCUUCUUGAAGCUCUAGCAUCCAUCUCCCGACUCGUCAUCUACAACUUCACGAGCCAGUUUCCCCAGAUACCUCAGACGAAAUGGCCAAGCGCACGAAGAAGGUCGGUGUUACCGGCAAGUACGGUACCAGAUAUGGUGCCUCUCUUCGCAAGCAGGUCAAGAAGAUGGAAAUUACCCAGCACGCCAAAUACACAUGCACGUUCUGUGGAAAGGUGACGGUUAAGAGACACUCGGUCGGCAUCUGGGACUGCAAGGCCUGCAAGAAGACGGUGGCUGGCGGAGCUUACACAGUAUCGACACCCGCUGCGGCUGCCAUGCGAUCGACGCUGCGACGUCUGAGAGAAAUUGCGGAGGUCUAAACGAGCGGUAGUGGGCGGGUUGCUUUGGUUGGCUGGUGUACAGGGAAAAUAGGUUUCACGUACUAAACAAGGUCACGACGACGUUCGGCUUGAUUCUCGACCUUCGUCCAUAGGAAGACCAAUGGAUCUCUAUCAAUGACAAAGGCAAGACAAAACUCAAAGGGACUAUCGCGCAACCGUGUCACACAAGUCGGCCCGGUGCUUCGAUAUGCUUCUACGUGAUACAGGCAGCUCCCAAGGCGGCCAGAAGAUAGGAGGCCAUUUAGGAACUGCAACCGCUUGAUGACUAUCAUGAGUCAUCUACGGAAUCAAUAUAUAUCUGCCCAAGGUGCUGACAAUGGCCAUGACGUGCGCUUUCGGAUGAACCAUGGCAAGUCCGUCAUUGCUUCGACCGGACGCC